CAGAGAAGCCAGCACCAUACACCAACGUGAUCAUGCCCAGUCUCUUCAGCAUCAUCUGUUUCCUGGGCAUUGUGGGGAACCUCAUUGUCAUCUACACUAUCGUUAAGAAGAAGAAGCUUAGAUGCAAACAGACAGUGCCUGACAUUUUCAUCUUCAACCUCUCCAUUGUGGACCUCCUCUUCCUCCUGGGCAUGCCCUUCCUCAUCCACCAGCUCCUAGGCAACGGCUCGUGGUACUUCGGAGCUCCCCUAUGCACCAUCAUCACUGCCCUGGACACAAACAGCCAGAUCACCAGCACCAACAUCCUUACCGUGAUGACACUAGACCGUUACCUGGCGACUGUCUACCCUCUAAAAUCUACCUAUGUCCGGACCCCAUGUGUUGCAGCUCUAGUUAUCUGCUUGGUGUGGCUCCUCUCCUUCCUGACCAUCAUUCCUGUGUGGAUGUAUGCAGGUCUUAUGCCUCUGGAGGAUGGGACCGUCCGCUGCGCUCUCUUGCUUCCCAACCCAGAGACUGAUAUCUACUGGUUCACCCUCUAUCAGUUCAUGCUGGCAUUUGCUGUGCCGUUGAUAGUAAUCUGCGUGGUUUAUUUUAAGAUCCUCCAGCACAUGGCCACCACUGUGGUCCCACUGCCACAAAGGAGCCUCCAGGUACGUACGAAGAAAGUCACCCGCAUGGCAGUUGCCAUCUGCUCUGCCUUUUUUAUUUGUUGGGCUCCCUUCUACAUCCUCCAGCUGGUUCACCUCGGCAUUGACACACCAUCCAUGGCCUUCUUUUAUGCCUACAACUUUGCCAUUAGCUUGGGCUAUGCCAACAGCUGCCUCAAUCCCUUCCUCUACAUUGCCCUCAGUGAGACCUUCAAGCGCCAGUUCUUAGUGGCCAUCCGCCCCGCAAAAGAGCCAUGUCGCAACAGCAGCUCUGUCAACAACAACAGCAUGACAGAGGCCAGCAUGUGUCUGAAACUGGCACCAGAAUCCACCCAGCAGACUCAGUUUCUGGAGGACUUUUCCCCACAUUCACUGCCUGUUACUGUGGCUGUUCACUAGGGCACUCUGAAGUAACCACAGCAGAAAGCCUUCAUACCCACGAGUCGAUGGAGAAGCAGCAGCUUCAGGCAGUUCUUGGUGAAGUGUAUGAACCACAAGCUUCCACCUCCAAGAGUCCAGGUGCCCCCUUUUUACUUGCAGGGCUCUGCUCCUACACUGCCCUUGGCCUACGAGAUGCUGCUUCCUUCCACUCCUGCACAGGAGGACUCUAUCACACAAGACACUGGGCACCCAGAGAGAAAGGAAAAGAGAGAAAGGACAGAAAGAGGAAUAUUUACCCUGGAGGAGUAAAACAUCUCUCAACACCACUACCCAAUGAUUCCUCCCCUCUCAGCCUGACUGGGAUUCCCAGGCAUCAUGUCACUAUAGAACUUCUUCAUUCAAAACUCAAAUCUUUGAAACAGUGUCAUAUAUUUAUUUUUUAUACGAAAUCUGACCUGCAAACUUUGAUGGCUGUGCUCAUAUCCUAGAAGCAAACAGCAGAGAGAUCCUGGGGCCAGAAAUCUCACCUGGUCUGUUGCUUGGCUUUUUUGGUUCAGCCCCUUCUGCCUCCAGUGAGCUGUGUUGUUUGGCAACCAAGACGUUUUCAAUAACUAGCUAAUUUUGAUGCUUAUCCUAAAUAUUUCAAACAAAAUCAGGCAGAUAAUUGCACUGCUUCAAGGGACUGCAAACAAUUCUCCAAACUACUGCUGCUAACACCAGCUUUGUGGCUUUUCAUGCCAAUGAGGAGAUUUUCACACCGCUAGUUCCUCAUGCUGCUCUUGUGCCUCGCAGUCUGUGUAGCCAUUGGCGAACCCCAGGCAGAGGGUUUUAAAAAACCCAAUGUGCAGAGAUCUGUGGAGCAAGAAGCUGUGAAAAGGCAGCUCUGAGGAAGCAGAGUUGUUUAUGCAGCUUUCUCAAAAUAACAAGUACUUUACAAAGUUUAAAGAGGGUUAGGAAAUAACUUUGCUUGCUACAAAGACUAGAGAAAAGACAGCACAGGUCAGCUAAAUGCAGUGGAUUACACUGAGCGCCUGCACAGGCAUUGUUCAACACUUUG